AUGGGACCCGCAGGAAGAGAUUCCCAUUCAAAACAGGAUAACUCAAGGUAUGAUCAUAGAUCGAGAGACAGAGAAUCAGGCUCAUCAUCAAGGUUCAAAAAAGAACGAAACGCACGAGAGACGCAUGGUGAUGACAGAGGCUCUAAGGCGAAGAUCGGCGGUUAUAGUUUUAAUGUAAGCACGUCCGAAUUGGUGGCUGUUUUGAGAAGUAUGGGAGACAAGGUACGUUGGCCAAAACAAAUGAAAUCAAACCCAAACAGACGAAAUCCUGAUCAUUGGUGCGAGUUUCACCACGAUCACAGCCACAAAACGGCGGAUUGUAGAUUGCUGCAAGGUGAAGUUGAACAUUUAUUGAAACAAGGGUAUCUAACUGAAUUAUUUAGUGAUAAAGGAAAGCAGGCAUAUAUGAAAAACAGACAGGAAUCCCAAAGACCCCCUUCACCAAAGAGGACGGCUAACAUCAUCAGCGGGGGAGAAGAAAUCAAUGGCGUAACUGCAGCCAAUAAAGUUUCAAAGAUUACAGUUACACACGGGAAGCGAAUUCGACGUAUUUUAGAAGAACAAAGCAGUUCCGUGAAUAUCAUUCAAUCAAGAGUGGUAAAUGAAAUGCAAGCUGAAGAUAAGUUGAUACCCAAGGCGCACACCCUAUCUGGUUUCGACAACUCGAGUGUUGUAACCAAGGGGGAGAUAGUACUCACCACAUUCGCGGAAGGGGUUGUCAAAGACACAAAAUUUCAAUUAGUAGAGAUGGACAUGGAUUACAAUAUGAUUCUUGGGAGACCAUGGAUUCACGACAUGGAUGAUGUGCCGUCUACCUUACACCAAGUUGUUAAAUUCCCUUCACAGUGGGGAAUACGACAAAUCCGUGGUGACCAGCAAGCAUCCAGGAGUAUCAAUUCUGUGGUUGAUUCAAUUGAAGAUCAUGCAACACAAACCUAA